UUGAAUAUUUGACGUCAUCAAUACGAGAAACAGACGGCUCUGGUGGUCAAAAACAAGAAAAAGCUGACGUUCGCUGUCUUUCAAUAUGGUAACGUUAGGCAGCAAGUUAUAUCUUCGUCUGAAUGUAUAACUUAGCUAGCUAAGGACAUCCAAACAGAUAACGUUAUAAGAUAGUGAAAACAAAAGUCAACGUUACACGGGCGUCGGAGUGAUAAGAGGAGGGUAACUUUUCCCGGAAAGGUGAAGGGAAUUUGUUUUAAUUUGGUUGGUUAACGCUAGCUAGCUAGCGUGAUAAGUUAGCUAACAGUAGCCAACAACAGUCGCAAGACUCCUUCCUGGACUUGUCGAAGUUGCAAAGCUCGCUGAAAAGCCAUCAGGAUAAGCUCUUUCUUAGCUAGCUAACGAACGUUAGAAAGCCAUUUUCUUUUGUGUUACGCAUUAGCCACACCGUUCCUCGUUCGGUCUUUGUAGACCCUCCUAGGUUCAAAUCAUGGCGUGUGGAGCGACCCUGAAAAGGACCAUGGAUUUUGAUCCAUUGAUGAGUCCGACGUCCCCUAAAAGGAGAAGAUGUAUUCCGGUGUCCCCAUCAUCAUCACCACGGAAAUACCUUCGCAUGGAGCCGUCACCAUUUGGAGAAGUGUCAUCCAGACUAUCAGCUGAGCAAAUUCUGAACAACAUCAAGCAGGAGUACAAACGCAUUCAGAAGAGAAAGCACAUAGAUGGAGUUUACCAACAGACAGAGGGUUGCUACUCCCCAGAGUCUCCACCCCAUCUUAGUGGAUCCAGUAUGCCAGGCACAUCUGCUGGAGGUUCUUCUCCAUCAAAGAAAGAACAGCCCUUAUUUACUCUUAGACAAGUUGGAAUGAUUUGUGAACGUCUACUGAAGGAGCGUGAAGACAAAGUGCGGGAGGAAUAUGAGGAGACCAUGACUUCCAAGUUGGCAGAACAAUAUGACACUUUUGUGAAGUUUACACAUGACCAAUUGAUGCGAAGAUUUGGAGAGCAACCUGCAAGCUAUGUUUCCUGAGAGACCGACUUUGCCAAGCGACCUUCUCUUGCUGGAAGUUAGAGUUUAAAUCUUUGGAAAUCCCUGCAAGUGAUUGGUUUAAUGAAACGUCUUACUGUGCCAUAUUUCUCCUUUGGGCAAAGGUUUAUCUAAGCCGUUGUCAGUGGUAAUCUCUCUCUCACGUAAGCAACUAGGUGCUUCCUAAUGUAAUUAUAUGGACCCCCUCUACCAGUGGCCUACAUUUCUCCUGCUGUACCUGUAUCGAUAAGUUGUCACUCUCUUACUUUUAUAAAGACAUCUGGCAUUCCAGACUUUAUUCUCUGUUUUAUUCCUUUGUUUCACAUGUAUAUAUGAUAAAGGAAUGUAGACAAAGGUUUGCUGGUCAAUCUAUUAGCAAGUGGAAGGUACGGUUUGGAGAAGAUAAUUUGCAAUGCCCCAGAGCCUUUUUGUAUGGGACUUUACAAAGACUAACUUCAAUUCCAUUAGAUUUUUUUCUGCUUUCAAAAUGUUAUUUAUUUCAUUGACUGUUUUGCUUUCAAACCUAUGUACUUAGUAGAAAAACCAAACAAUAAAAUGUUACGUUUCA